AUGGAGCUGGAUAAGUUUACCAAAAGAGUGGAAAUUUCCGUGUAUGUUGGGUGGACGAAGGAGGUUUUGAGUCGUAGUGGUUUAAGCAUCCAUCAGCGGCUGCUGGGCGGACUGAGCAAGGACAAGGAGUUCCUGGUGUCACUGCUGGGUCGUCGAAGCCUGAGACAGGAGGUGGUGACGGUGGACGGUGGCGGCCAAGUUACUCACACAAGUUGUCAAGUGGCGGCCGUUGCUAAGGAAGCUCUCAGCUCUUUACAACACUUGGAAUCGUUUAUGUGGCAACGAGACCCCGGGGACAGUACUGGAAGGCCGGGUGCUGUUGAUGGAGGCGCAGGCAAGACUCUUCUCCAGAAGGAACGAGAAAAGAAAGAGCGAGCCAGGCUUAAAGUCACUCUCAGGCGUCGUACAGCAAUACUGCUGCAGCAGCUACACCAAGACGCAGAUGUGGAGGAAACGCUACGGGCAGCCGAGGAGCUGGUAGCAGAGGUGAAGAGCGUGGGCGUAGGUGGACGACUGCUGUGUCGGCUGCUGGUGGGUGUGGGAGUGGCGCUGCCCAAGUGUAACAGACAUGAAGAUGCAAUUGCUGUCCUCACUGACGCCGUCCACAUAGCUCGGGCCAGUGAAUAUGGUGAGGAGGAGCAUAUGGCAGUUGAGGCACUGGGGAGGACACUGGCCAAUAGAGGGCAGCAUGCAGAGGCAGUCUCCGUCUGGGAGCGUCGUAUUCCCGCUGCCAAGAAUAGCCGCCAGAGAGCAUCGUUGUUCCUACUCAUAGCCAAGUCAUAUUUUGGGCCGGAGACCCUUGGAGCGUGGAGCAAGUGUGCUCGAAGAUUCCUGAAAGAGAUGAAAAACUCGUCACAAAGUAAGGACCCCAGAGUGACCAACUUCCUCUUUCAGAGCCUCAGCGUUACGAUCCAGAGGGAAAAUCCUGCAGCAUUCCGAGCACACGACCCAGUGCCGGAGAGUUGGAUGAGGCCAUUGAGAUACCUUUAUCAGUUGUCCUAUUCUGAACUUCAUGGGGUCAGCAUUGAAUCGUUUUUGUGGCAACGAGACCCCGGGGACAGUACUGGAAGGCGGUUGCUGUGGAUGGAGGCGCAGGCAAGGACUUUCUACAGAAGGAAGGGAGAAAGAAAGAGCGUGCCAAGGCUUAAGGUCAUCUCAGGCGUCGUGCAGCUAAUACUGCUGCAGCAGCUACACCAAGACGCAGAUGGAUUUUGGGUUGCAUCUUUACCACCUCCAUUCUGCAUUAAGACUAGGUCAGAACAGGACCAUCGCAAGCAACUGUUGGCAUCAAGCAUCUCAGAAGAGAAGCAAUUUUAUAACGAAGGUGUUACUUGGAGACAUUCAGGAAGUUAUGUAAUGUCUGAGGGAUCAUAG